CGGCGGUCCUGCAGGGUCUGUGUGAGCGACGAGGAGGCAUCAAUCAGACUGAGAAACAUCUGCAAACUCUUCCACUGAAGGCUGCAGCGACGUCCCCGCCUCCCUCUGAGUGAAGGCGUCUGUUAUCUGCUUCUCAUCCUCCUGUGGGUGAGUGCCGGCCGUCCAUGAGGAUGGAGAAGUACGAGAAGAUCGGGAAGAUCGGAGAGGGCUCCUACGGCGUCGUCUUCAAGUGCAGAAACAAAGACACGGGGCAGAUCGUGGCCAUAAAGAAGUUUGUGGAGUCGGAGGACGAUCCCAUCAUCAAGAAGAUCGCUCUGAGGGAGAUCAGGAUGCUGAAGCAACUGAAACACGCCAACCUGGUGAACCUGAUCGAAGUGUUUCGACGGAAGCGGAAGCUGCACCUGGUGUUUGAGUACUGCGACCACACCGUCCUCAACGAGCUGGACCGCCAUCCCAGAGGUGUCCCGGAGCCUCUGGUGAAGAGUAUAACCUGGCAGACGCUUCAGGCCGUCAACUUCUGCCACAAACAGAACUGUAUUCACAGAGACGUCAAGCCGGAGAAUAUUCUCAUCACCAAACACCAAGUCAUCAAACUCUGCGACUUCGGCUUCGCCAGGAUCCUCACUGGUCCGUGUGACUACUACACGGAUUACGUCGCGACUCGCUGGUAUCGGGCCCCCGAGCUGCUGGUGGGGGACACUCAGUACGGCGCUCCGGUGGACGUGUGGGCGGUCGGCUGCGUGUUUGCCGAGCUGCUGUCGGGGAUUCCUCUGUGGCCGGGGAAGUCUGACAUGGACCAGCUGUACCUGAUCAGAAAGACUCUUGGAGAUCUGAUCCCUCGACACCAGCAGGUCUUCAGCAACAACCAGUUCUUCUGUGGAGUUUCAAUCCCGGACCCACAAGAGAUGGAACCUUUAGAGCAGAAAUAUCCAAACCUGUCCCAUCAAGCUCUGAGCCUCAUGAAGGGCUGCCUCAGGAUGGACCCGGCGGAGCGCCUCAGCUGCGAGCAGCUGCUGCAGCAGCCGUACUUCGACAGUCUGAGAGAGAAGAGCGAGAGCACGUCGCGGGAGCAGGACCGCUCCGGAAAUAGGAGGACGCGUUUGCCCCGCAGACACCUGCCGCCCGGGUAUUUGCCACAGCUGACCGGCAGCAGCAUCUUUCCAGCGCUGGACAACAAGAAGUACUACAACAACCUGCGCAGGUUCAACUACCAUCUGCCCAACAUUUAGCCGCUCCAGGAUCCAGCCUCUCUCUAGGAGAGCUGUGUGUCUCCACGUCGGUGUCGGUCUGCGCGCCGUGUCCCCGGCUCGUGUGUUGCCUGCAUUUCAAGCUGAUCUGUAGAGAAGACGAGGAGCGACAUGCCGCUCCGCUCGUAGCUGCUGAGUAGACUGAAGGUAAAACUGACCACAUACUGCCUUUCCCGGCUUGCCAAAUAUAUCUAUUUUUUUAAAACAUAUGUAUGUAUGUAUGUAUAUAUAUAUAUAUAUAUAUAUAUUUAUAUAUAUAUAUAUAUAUAUAUAUAUAUAUAUAUAUAUAUAUACAUAUAAUGAUGGACUCUGUAAGAGUGACACGUCUGUAGUUGGGAGUUUAAUGUUUAAGUUAUAAUGUAGAAUGACUCAUAAGCAUUUCUGAAAGUGAUAUUUAUUGACGUCGGGAGCAAAGACGUUGCU